AUGGCGGAUACCGGGCCAGAGCUGGAAUUAUUGUUUUUUGAUACAUUUUCACACGAAGGGCAGGGGGCUGAGCAAUUAAACCUUGAUCUAGUCCAGUUUCCCCGACCUGUCAUCAUCCAUGAAGUGCGAGUGAUCCCUCUACAGACCAGAGUCCAGGCAGAUGUUCCUGGAGGUGUCCGACUCGGUGCCACAAAUCCUUCCAGUUUCAAACUUGAAUUGUUUGUCAACAAUUUGAGCAAGCCGAAUGCUGCUACAUUUGAAAGACUUGGCGUUCUCGAUUAUAAACAGAAUGUGGAUAUCAGGUUACGAGCAGAGUCAUCAGAGAUUCCGACAGAUGGACUGAUACUGAAGGGAUGGUACACCACCAUCACCAUUGCUAUUUAUGGGACGCUGACAGUGGUGAAACCUGACCAUUCCUCUCCACCACCACCACCUCCUCCACAAGUCAGACAAAAGAACCCUAUUGAAACAAGAAGUGCUGGGGGCUCUGACAUGGCACGUCAGGAUUGGGAACAACAAACGCCAGCCAGAACAGUAUCAACUACAACAGACAUCCCUCGGUCUGAAUGGGAACCCCCACCACCUCGAGCAGCACAGUCAAAACCUCCGCAGCAACACCCCUUAGACUAUAUCCAGCAGCAGGUUCAACUCCAGCAGAAACAGCAACAGGCUGUACACUCCCAGCCUCAACCUCUUCCUAAUAUGUCUCAUCCCCCUCCGAAUCUUACACAUCCACCCCCACAACCAGUGCCACCCCCACAGACUAACAUUCCCCCACCACAGAUUGCGGGACAACCCCCGUCUGAUAUUUACAGAGGUGUGGAAGCUCCAUUUGACAGGGCUCUUCACCCCACUGCCCAGCAUAGAGACAUAAUGCAAGAGUUUAUACAAAGUCCUAAAUUGGGGAUCAUUGACAGUCGUGAUGGAGGACACUUUGAUGGGCGUGAUUCUCAGAGGGAUUUCUCAACUGAGAAACGAGAGAACUAUGAAGGUAGAGAUGUGUAUGAUGAAAACAGAUCACAAGGUUCCUAUGAAAAAGACUAUAGGACACUAAGAGAUUCAAAUAGUCGAGAGAGGGAGUAUGACCAGUCUAGAGAGAGUUCUAGGGACAGAGAGUAUAGAGGGAGGGAAAUGGGGGAGAAGGAGCGUAGAGAAAAAGUAUGGGAAAAGUUUCGUGAAAGGGAAAGGGAACGUGACACAGGGUUCAGGGAAAAGCCAAAAGACUAUGGAGAACGAAGUCCAAGGGACUGGCCAAGAAGUCCUUCCAAACGUACUUGGUCAAGGUCACGUUCUCGAUCCAGAUCCCGCUCAAGAUCAAGGUCAGAUUCUAGAUCUCGUUCAAGGUCUAGGUCAAGGUCUUAUUCUAGAUCAAGGUCAUACUCAAGAUCUCCAAGACGAUCCUCUAGAUCUCCAAGGAGGUCAUUUUCAAGAUCUCCUCGAAGAUCUUAUUCAAGAUCACCUAGAAGGUCAUAUUCAAGGUCACCAAGAAGAUCUAGGUCACGCUCAAGAACUCCAAGAAGGUCUUACUCACCAAGAUCCCCAGGACCAUAUAGGUCACCAGUUCCAAGGUCAAGGACUCCUUCAGAAAUGCAUCCAAGGUCACCAAUUCACCCAAGGUCACCAAUUCAUCCAAGGUCACCAGUUCAUCCGAUGUCGCCAGUACAAACACCGGUACCUGUGCAGACUCCACUGUCUCCCCCUCAAGAGCUGCAGCAAACAGAAGAAUCACCAAUUCCAAUCAUCAGACAGCCAAGGGAAGCACGAGAGGUCCUUAGGGAGCCCUCUCUGCCCCAUGAGGAGACUAUGGAAGCAGGGGAGAUAAUUGAUGAGAUUGGUCAGCCUCUCUUUGAUCAGCUAACUCCUGAUCAUUCUCCAGGACCAAUGUUUUCUUCAGAUGGUGAAAUCCAGGAGGUGGAUGAUACAUAUGAAAAUAUUUCUUCUGAUGAUGAACUGGAACUAGAUGGGGACGACAUCAUGUCAAAUAUGGACAUGUAUGAUAUGGUUGAUGACUAUGCUACAAUCUCGUUCAACCCAUUCCAGUUUGAAGUCACCAAACUUGCGACAUUGACAGAAGUGACACUAACAAAGUAUGAGGUGGAAUUUUCUACCCUUCAACAGCAGACGGACAAGGCUACAGACAGACCCUCGGAGGCCACAACUUUACUAGAACUCGUGGAUGAGUUCUCUUCCUCCGAUCAUCAUGGCAGAUGGAUUGAAGCAUUAGAAAGUGUGCCAAGUCUCCUGGUGAAAGGCUUGUCUUUCCUGUUACAUCAGGAGAACAGGACAGACAUCCUAGACCAAUUACUUGAGUGGACACUCGAAGGGCUAGACCUUGUUAAAGCCAUGGCACAACCAGAGACUGCCCACAAGGUGCGGCAUCUGAAGAUGGGUAUCAAACUGGCGGGGAGUAUGUGUACCUGUAGCAGGGAUAUUGUUCUGAAAUGUCUGGCCAUGGACAUCCAACAUAAGUUACUGGAUCUUUUUGUGGCUCCCUACAUGUCAUUCUCCCUCAAACUCCAAAUCAUUCGUGCCAUUGACCAGUCAACACGCUUUGCCGAUGGCAUGAAAUGGUUCUUAGGGAACCACUUACUGCAGGGCACAAAAGACAAAAUGGAAAGUGAUGAUGAUCUAAAGGUGGAAGUAAAAUUGAACGAAACAAAGGAGAGCUGUUAUGAAAGACUUAUUGAAUGUAUGAUGAAUAAACAGGUUGCCAGAGUAACUAUUGCAAUGGCUGCAUUUCUGAAGAAAAUUCACAUUUUUGAGUUAUUUUCUAGUGUUUCAGGAAAUGUUAAAAGUGUUACUGAACGUUUAUCAGCACUGGAAGAUGAAACUGGCCAGAAGAAAGAUGGAGAAAAUACUGAACUUGACCUUGAAAGUCUGAUGAUGACCGGUACAGUGACCAACACUGAGAUUGAGACGUUGGUCAGUGGUCUAGAGGAAGUCACCAAGGUUUUUUCCAUAGCCCCCCACCUGAUUGGACAGCCAGGACGUACACUCCCUGGGAACACAUUUGAAGCAAAGACGAAACCACAUGAUCCGUAUCCUAAUUUGUAUCACUUUGCCCAGACCAGUGGUCUGAUGGAGUCCUUGUUUGUUCUCCUGUCUGUGCCGUCCACAGCCGGACAUCACCAAUUGUUUCCUGUGCUAAACAAGCUCCUUAAAACUCUAGUGAAAACACAACAUGGUCUGCUGUUCCUCUCAAGUCGACCGGACGUCAUCAACGGCAUCAUACGCUCAGCAGCCACACAAGACAAUGAAUACAGUAGGGAUGACCCUGUGGAUGAUAAUCCACUACACAGACUAGGACUAGAAAUCUUCCAUGAUCUCCUCGCUCUGCAAUUUAUUGACCAGCUCCUCCAGUACCAAAGUAAAGAGGAGAAGGAGCUCGACGAGGUGGAGCCAAUAGAAGCUCUUUAUAACCUCUACACAAUGACCUUUACCCCUGUGGGACGGGAGGCAGUGGUUCAUGUCCUUGGUUUGGAGGACAACCUGUCGGCCAUUCUUCCUUUUGUAGAAUACACAGGUGUGGAGGAAAGGGAUGCACGUCUUAAGAAGUCUGUAUGUGCUGGCUACACCCUUAACUUGCUGUUGUUAUUGAUCCGACAGUCCAACAACAUUCACAUUUACCAACAGUUUGGACAGCGCCUUGUAGAUAUUGCUGAAAAAGAUUUCAGCAGUAAGCUUUUGGAUCUGAAUGAGUGGCUGUCACCACUUAAGAGUAUCACAAGUUACAACCAUGAAGGAGUGACUUCAGCCAUCACACAGCUUCGCCUACACGCAGACAACCUUCAGAAAAUUCCACGUCCCUUGGUCACGGUGGUGAGGAUACUGCGUCACAUGAGUAUUGCCCCAGAACGCAACUAUCCAAACGAUGAGCCUGUGGAGAUGAAAUAUAAGUUCAAUCUGUUGGAGAUGUACAGUGGAAACUGCUUGCCAAUAUUAACCAAUAUCAUACAGAAAACUUGUGAGUUUCUGCUGCGGCCCUGGCAGCAGGGAUUUGUGCCAAGUUCGGACCAAAUUUGUUACCACAUAUCGGUCAUAAUUCCUACCAUGAACAUGAUUCAAGGUACACUUGCUAGUCUGAUUCAGGCCAGAGGGGUGGAGUUCUGUGACCUGACAUGUCUACCAGUGCUGUUCGAGCUUCACACUGUGGUCUGCUCUGUUCCCCUGUCAUCCAUGUUCUUGGAGGAGAUACAUGUGAUUCAAAAAGAAGUGAUAGAUACUCUCAUGGCAUACACACAGCCUAUCAUACAUCAGGCUGACAGUGAAGAAGCUCUGAGCCAAAGUCUAUGGACCAAAGUGAUCAAGGAACUUCUGAAAUACAUAGUCAAAGCACCAUACACCUACCUCAGUGGCCUACUUAUGCUGUCAGAGUUAUUGCCCUUACCCCUCCCUCUUCAGACAAAGGAGCCGCUGAGUGCAGCAGAGUCCUCACAAGCCAUUAAUGUGCGUAAGUUAUGGAGCAUGCACCUGUAUGCAGCGACGCCUCAACUGCAGGAAGUAAUCCAGCUACUGUCCACCUCCACUUGUCAACCCCUUCAGCAUGUCCUACGUCGUGUCUGUUGGCAACUGUCAGAUUUGUCAGCACACAUUGCUCUUGUGGUCACAAGGUGUGUGCUGGACAUUGUGAUAGAGAGUUUCCAGACGAUGAAGGUAACUCGGUUAGAGGACAAGGGAGAUGGUGAGGCAGUAGAGGAGCUCGAAGAAAGGAUCGCUUCACCAUACGCCAGCAAGAUGUUGAACCUCCUCGCCUAUGUCCUCUCACAACCUUCCAUUAAAUGUGCCACUUUACAGCUCACUAACAAAUCUGGACCAGCUGGGGAAGAGAAGUAUGUGGAAUUGUUCCCACAGCUCUUACAGAUCCUUAACACAGUCUGUGACCGCGUUCCGCACAUACAGGCACAAGAAUGUAUUGUGUCUAUCAUCCAGAGUAUGUGUGAUGUGGAGGUUGCCAUAGUGAUGGGAGAUGCCUAUACCAUCCAAGACCAGAUUGCUCAAGCAUUGCCUAGUAAAGAGUACAUGUGCCAGAUCACAAACUCAUUACUUGACCAUAUGGGAAACCCUGACCACAACUAUGCUUCAAUACUGCCCUGUGUCCGAACUCUGGUCAUGUUCACUGACCAUAACUACGGCUUUUUCCAUCUCAAAAGCCUUUUAGAGCAGAAGACAACAGCACUAGGUCGUUUGAUGGUCCGUAUUAACACAACAUUUAGUAAGGACAGUUCUGACUGCCUUUCAACUCUCUCCACAUUACUCGAGUUUCUACGCUUGCUUGUGGAGAUUCCAGAAGAUGGACCCGAGCUGACACGAACUUACACCCUCACUCAAACAGAGCUCCGUGCUGUGCUGUCCUGGAACCCUAGCAUGGAGAACCACCCUCUGCUUGACCUUGAAAAGCUCCUGGAGGAUAGUGCAAAGGAGGAGGAAAGCUUAGAAAGUUUGUUGGACAAUAUGGUUAAUCUGAUGAAAAUGCUGCGUGAACCCAGUACAGACAGCCAGGACAAGACAGCUGUGUUGGAGCCUGUUCUACCUGCAACUGAGUCACUCAAUGCCAUGUUCAACAUGCGGGCAGUGUUUGUGGUUACGGAUGGUGAAGAUGAGCGUCUCAGUCCUGCCUACUGGUUAGCCAAUCCUGCACUAGAUGAAGCCGAUAUUGAGCCAGACAUGAUUCGCUUUGACAUGGAAAGCAUGUGUGCCAAGCAUUGUCCAGAGUUUAAUCUAGAGGAAGAACUAAAGAAGACAACUAUGUCCUCUACUGAGGAACUUACACGACCUCGAAGGCUGAAACAGGGUGACAGGAGGAAGUCCCAGGAAAUUAGUAUCAACAGAGGACGUGGUUUCAGACGACCUUUUGUUGCUCCAAUGAGAGGACGAGGUAUAGCUAGAGGCAUGAUGAACAACACUGGACGCGUGGAUUCCUUCCGUUCUCGACCUCCAAACACCAGCAGACCUCCUUCAAUGCAUGUCGAUGAUUUCAUGAAGUUGGAAAAGGGUUCUCAGGGUCAACAAUCUCCAGCACAAUCUCUUACUCCAAUACCAGAGCGAAGAAUGAUGGGAAAGGAGAUGAACAGAGGCGGUGGGAGAGGAGGAAGGGGGUUUGACCGCGGUGGAUUUGACCGAGGUGGCGGUGGACGGGGAUACAGAGGAGGGCGCUUCUUCACACCACCUACUAACUACAAUCGUAGUAGUGACAGAACAACAGACACUACCUAUGGUGAAAGUAAUCGAGGUGGAGGACGAGGCAGUUUCUAUGGUAACAGACAAAAGUCAAAUUUCAAUAGUCCGCGAUCUUUUGAAAGAGAUGAUGUAGGAGUUGGAGGCAGAGUAGGGCAGGGGGAGAGAAGAGGUGGAAAGGAGUUUCGUUUCUCUCCUCAAGGUCGUGGAAGUUACUGGAACAAGGACCAGGACAGCAGUGGUGGAAGAUUUGGAGGCCAGAUAUUCAGGGGAGGAAGGAGGGAGUAUCCCGGACAUCAUCAGCGCUCAUUUACCAAAUAAAUCACCAGCACCAUCUCCAGGACAUCAACAUGGUUCUUUACCAAAUAGAUAUCACCAACACCAUCUCCAGGACAUCAACAUGGUUCUUUACCAAAUAGAUAUCACCAACACCAUCUCCAGGACAUCAACAUGGUUCUUUACCAAAUAGAUAUCACCAACACCAUCUCCAGGACAUUAACAUGGUUCUUUACCAAACAGAUAACACCAACACCAUCUCCAGGACAUCAACAUGGUUCUUUAACAAAUAGAUAUCACCAACACCAUCUCCAGGACAUCAACAUGGUUCUUGAACAAAUAGAUAUCACCAUCACCAUCUCCAGGACAUCAACAUGGUUCUUGAACAAAUAGAUAUCACCAACACCAUCUCCAGGACAUCAACAUGGUUCUUUAACAAAUAGAUAUCACCAACACCAUCUCCAGGACAUCAACAUGGUUCUUUACCAAAUAGAUAUCACCAACACCAUCUCCAGGACAUCAACAUGGUUCUUUAACAAAUAGAUAUCACCAACACCAUCUCCAGGACAUCAACAUGGUUCUUGAAUAAAUAGAUAUCACCAACACCAUCUCCAGGACAUCAACAUGGUUCUUUAACAAAUAGAUAUCACCAACACCAUCUCCAGGACAUCAACAUGGUUCUUGAACAAAUAGAUAUCACCAACACCAUCUCCAGGACAUCAACAUGGUUCUUGAACAAAUAGAUAUCACCAACACCAUCUCCAGGACAUCAACAUGGUUCUUGAAUAAAUAGAUAUCACCAACACCAUCUCCAGGACAUCAACAUGGUUCUUGAACAAAUAGAUAUCACCAACACCAUCUCCAGGACAUCAACAUGGUUCUUGAACAAAUAGAUAUCACCAACACCAUCUCCAGGACAUCAACAUGGUUCUUGAACAAAUAGAUAUCACAUAGUGCAAUUAAACUUGAAAUUAUAUUUCUCCUGAUUGAAAAUAUAUGUAAUUGAAAUUCAGAUUUCCAAGAAUAUAAUUUAUAGAAUUUUGAGAAUAAAGAAGUCCUUUAAAUGUUUUUUAUGGGGAUAUUUGUGCUGGAAUUAAACUUUAGCAAUUGAGAAUACAUACCUUGCCAUAUACCUGUAGAAAAGUGUGAGAUGUGUUACAACAUGAUCAUUCACUCUGAGUUAAUAGAAAUUUACACAGUGUUAAUCAGUUCUGAGAGACUUAACAAAAAUCACACUUUAAGGUCAGAGUCUUUAAAUAUUGACAGAAUUGAAUAAUAUCAGUAUACUGAAAUAAAACGAUCAACAAAGGGAGAUAAUCACACUCAGACUUAUAAGAGGAACAUGCAGUUCUAUGGAGUAAUUCCUGAUACAGACAUCAUCAGUUGUAUAGAAAUUCUACAUAUUUUAUGUAUCAAACACAUACAUGUUUGUUUUCAUGAUGCUAAUGCUGUUGUUGUAAUGGCAAUUGUGACAGUGACUCUAUGGUUCAGUUUUGAAUACCCAGAAGAUUAUGAGAACUAGUGCUUACUAUUCAGCUUGUGUUGAUUUCAGAGACUUCUGAAGCUGAACUAAUAUGUUGACUUUUUACUUCUGACAAUGUAUUAAAUCAUUGUGCUAUCGAACAAUUUCUUUGUAUAUAUACCAUUUUGUGACCAAUGCAUGGUUAUCAUAAAUAUGGACGUUUUAAAUUGUGCUUUAUGAUGUAUUCCCAUGUUGACAAAACAAUAGAAUAGUAAUAAAGCAUCAAAUUUAG